CUUUGCGAGCUUGAGUGUUCAUCCUUGAGCUUGUGUGGGUUGAGGAUAGAAACUACGUCGCGUGAUGCAAGACAUCUCGACCAGACCCGCACAGCUUACAGAGGCAUUCGAGGCCACCAAAAAGAACAGAUGGACACGCCUUAUGGGACAAUCCUCAAAUGCUAUGCGCUAGCAGGCCCGAUCAGCUACUGGGUGCCUGCACCUUUUGGCCGCUUCAACGUUGCUUCACGCUUCUCGUUGCCAGGACGCGCCUCAUUCAUGAUACAAGAGGUCGUUGGGCCUAUUUGCUUCCUGUACAGAUUGCUGAGCUAUGGUUCGUCGCUGAGCGGUCUCCAGCAAUUGGCAUCAGCCAUGUUCGUGCUCCACUACCUGAAUCGCUCGAUCCUCUUCCCACUUUUUGUACAGCCUAGCUACAGCGAUUCCCAUCUUGGCGUUGUGCUAUCAGCUGGGCUGUGGCAGCUAUGUAAUGGCACUAUACAAGCAAUGGCUGUCCAUAAGCUGCCGUCCGUGAGUGGUCUCAGGACCACAUUGGCCCUGCUGGUCUUUGCUGUUGGCAUAUUUGGCAACAUCUAACAUGACCGCAUCCUUGCCAGGCUGCGGUCUAAGCCAGGCAGCAAAAAGUAUGGCAUACCGCAUGGCGGCCUCUUCAGUCUCGUCUCUUACCCACACUACCUUUGCGAGUGGAUCGAAUGGACCGGCUAUGGUCUACUCAUUGGCCAUGCAGGCUCAUACGCUGGCUUCUGGUUCGUCUUCCUUGAAGUGAUGGUGAUGCUGCCGCGUGCUCUUCUGGGCCACGCCUGGUAUGCGACACAGGGUCUUCACCUGCCUCCAUCCCGGCGUGCCAUCCUACCGUAUCUGCUG